AUGACCACGAAUCUUGUCCUUCCAGCUGGUGGUGGUAAUGGUAGAACGCUUUUUUCCUCCAACAGGCGGCAUCGCUUGCAGUUGCUUAAAAUAACAACAGGCAUCCAACCCGUCUUCUUGGGGGGUCAUUUGCUCUUCCAACCGAAUUCAUCAGAAAUGCCCCAUACGGCACGUCACCCGGACAAUAGGCACCAGAAUCGGCAACCGCAACCGCAACUGCGCUGGCGUAGAAGUUUCAGGGGUGAACUGGCGGUGCAGGAGGUUUUACCGCCUCUCACAUCACCGCGUCCUCAGCAGCGUCAACAGCAGAAUGAUGGUCAUCAACAGAGCGACAUUCGUUUAGUGCUACCACCACCGUUUACCAGCCCACGUGGAAACACCAAUAAUUACAUACGUCAGGAAUACCACGUGGCUCAGCGCGACGCAGAAAAUGAGCAGGCGGCUCAUACGGCCCCGCCACACGCUGGGCAAACAAAUUCUGAUCGUUUUCCAAAUAUAUCCACCAUGGCUCCAGCCUCAUAUGUUUCUAACAGGGCUCAGGAAACUAACAACGGACAGUGUUGCAUUUGUUUAGAGAGGCAGUCCCUUGUACUGUUUCUACCCUGCCGUCACCUUUGCACAUGUGAUGGUUGCCUCCGUCAAUUACAAAAGAAGGCAUGCCCCUACUGUAACCAACCAUACAGAAAAACAACUCGUGUGUUUAUACCGUAA